AUCCUGUAAAAAUCUGACGGAAACAAAAAAGACAAAGUAGUCUAACGUGGUUCAGGUGACCGAGUCACAACCGUGACUUAGAGAGGAAUUGAUUCUACGGAGACAGAAAGGAAUUUAACUGCACAGAUCAACAUGUCAUAUGCUGUGCAUCGAAUUCCCACGGACUGGAUACCAAUGCGAGAUGGGAUCAGACUGGCCGCUAAGCUGUGGAUCCCUGAACAGGAGGACAAAACAUCUGAAACAUUCGCAGAAGCUGAAAAAUAUCCGGCAAUCCUAGAAAUUCUACCAUACAGACGCGCUGACUACACGGCUCAGAGGGAUGAAAAGGUUCAUUCACAUUUCUGCUCCCAUGGCUAUGUUUGUGUCCGUGUGGACAUGCGGGGAUCUGGGGACUCUGAAGGAUUUUAUUAUGAUGAAUAUGACAAGCAAGAGCAAGAUGACUGUUGUGACGUCAUCAGCUGGGUUUCACAACAAACGUGGUGCACGGGAAAUGUUGGCAUGUAUGGUAAAAGCUGGGGAGGAUUCAAUGGUCUUCAGGUGGCCGCCAGACAACCUACGGCAUUGAAGACAAUCAUAUCUGCUGACUCUAGCGAUGAUCGAUAUGCUGACGAUAUUCAUUAUCGAGGUGGCUGUAUCCUUGGCAGGGAAAUGCUGUCAUGGUCACAUGUCAUGUUCCUAUAUAAUGGACGUCCUCCCUAUCCUGAAAACUUUGGACCAAGAUGGAAGGAAGCUUGGCUGGAUCGCUUGAACAAAUCCAGUGAACCUUGGAUACACAUUUGGCUUUCACAUCAGUCACGUGAUGCAUACUGGAAGCAUGGUUCCAUCGCCGAGGAUUACGCCUCUAUCAAGUGUCCCGUGUUCCUUGUGGGGGGAUUUACCGAUCUCUACACCGAUGCAAUAUUUCGUAUGGUGGAACACCUGAAUUGCCCAGUUCGGGCGCUCAUUGGACCGUGGCCCCAUAAAUGGCCUGGUGUCUCCACACCAGGGCCUCGCAUAGACCAUCUGAAAGAUUGCCUGAGGUGGUGGGACUACCAUUUAAAGGGCCUUCCGACUGGUGUCAUGGACGAGCCUGUGAUGAGGGUGUAUAUGAGGGAUGGAAUUCCGAAGGCGCACAAGGAGGAGACAUGGCCUGGAAGAUGGAUAGCAGUAGACCACUGGCCCUCAUCAAAUGUACACCAACAUGAAUUCGUACUACAAAAUGAUAAAGGACUGGUACUUAAAUCGGAUAGAGACGAAAAAUUCAUUGAAAAAGAGCCAAAAGAAUCCAUCGUGCCAGUCAAGUCAUCUUGUCUCAGUGGAGCGUGGGGCGGUGUUCUAUUUGCAAAUAGUCUCGAGGAUCUGCCGGUGGAGCAAGGAAUAGAGGACGCUUUGGCGGAGUGCUGGGAGACGAAAACGCUGAAAGAGCCUGUGGAGGUAUUAGGCUUUGCCGAGGUUCACUUACAGUUAAGCUGUGAUAGACCCAGUGCCUUGGUAGCCGCCAGACUUUGUGACUUGUUUCCUAAUGGCGAAUCAGCAUUAAUCACAAGAGGUGUGCUUAACUUGACUCAUCUCCGCGGUCAUGCUUCAGAAGAUAUUCAGCCUCUUCAACCAAAUAAAAGUAUUUAUGCACAGUUGAAGCUUGACUCUACAGCUUACACUGUUGCCGCUGGUCAUAAAAUUCGCUUGGCGCUCUCCUCGGUCCACUGGCCGUUAGUGUGGCCUUCUCCGCAGGCGUCAAGUCUCUUGAUAAAAACAGGAAGUAAGAGCAAGCUGCUACUUCCAUUUCGAGUAUCGAGUGACGACCUCAGAAACAAGGAUUCCGAGCUGCAAUUGCAAGAGAUGGAAUCACCGAUGGAGUAUAAUCACGAGAUUCUACCUGUUGAGUGGCGGAGAAGACCGAAGAAAGCAAGGACGUUGGAGACGUGUCAGUUGUCAGAUGAAUACAAGCUGUCAUUUACCACUGACCUUGGAUGUUUUAAUCUGAAAGACACGAACCGCAUCUACGAUAGCGUCAGAAAAGAAAUCUUUACAAUCAAAGAAAGCGACCCAACAACUGCAAAGGUUACAAUUCAAGGCCAGGUUACAUUAAAGAAGGAGGACCAGUUUGCUGAGCAGGGGGACAGUGGGUGCGAAAGGUGGGAGACUAGAGUCCAGGUUUUGAGCGAGAUGUGGUGUGAUGAGCAGUUCUUUUAUGUGAAAAAUCAGUUAACAGCUUGGCACAACCAUGAAGAUUGCUUCCAUAGGAUGUGGACAAAGAAGAUUGAACGCUUUCAUGUUUAGAAAAUUUUUUUCCGAAGGUUAUAUCAACUUGGAAUAAUUUUCUUAUUCCGUUUUUUUGAAUCUUGGGAUAAAAAUGAUUGGUGGGAUUUUUUUGAUUAACGUUUCAACGACUGCAUGUGAUUAUUUAAAGUUCGUACGGGUAGAAAAUGGCGGUAGAGUCGUUAGACGAAAGAAAUUUUAUAAAUAAUGAUUUCGUUAUUGCUGUUUUAUAAUCUUAAAGCUUUGUUUUCUUUUUUAAUUUCAUACAAUUGUUUCACACAACUAUUUUAUACAAAGUACCAGGGAUUGACGAUGUAAUAAUUAGAAUCGCAUAGCUUACAGUAAACACGCGCUCUGAUUGGUCAAUACGUCAACCGGAAGAGAGGGUAUUUAGCGUGGAAUCGCACUAACGCAUAA